AUGUCGAGCAGAAAUUCUAAUGAGGCUGAAGAGCUAGUAUCUCAGGCUAAUGAUAAGGCGCAAAAAGGCCAUACUUCAAAGUCCGGAAAGAAAUCUGCUCCGAAAAAGCCUUCUAAAAAAGCCGAGGCACAUAUUGAGGGAGCUUCUCAGCUUGGUGUCGAGGUUCGAAAAGAAGUAGACUUUUCUCUCUGGUAUAAGCAGGUAUUGAAACGUUCAGAAAUGCUAGAAUACUAUGAAGAAGUUUCCGGAUGUUAUAUCAUAAGGCCUUUAGCUUAUAAUAUAUGGCAAGAAAUUCAAAAUUUUUUUGAUGCCGCCAUUAAAGAGAUGGGAGUCGAAGAUACUUAUUUUCCGAUGUUUGUGUCACAACGACAAUUAGAAAGAGAAAAGGAUCAUAUUGAAGGAUUUGCCCCUGAGGUCGCUUGGGUCACCAAAGCGGGUUCCAACACAAUGGAAAGCCCUAUUGCGAUUCGUCCAACUUCCGAAACAGUAAUGUAUCCAUAUUUCGCCAAAUGGAUUAGAACUCAUCGUGAUUUACCAUUAAAACUUAAUCAAUGGUGUAAUGUUGUUCGAUGGGAAUUCAAAAAUCCGCAACCUUUUAUUAGAACACGUGAAUUUUUGUGGCAAGAAGGUCAUACUGCACAUUUUACCAAGGAAGAAGCUGAUACUGAAGUAUAUCAAAUUUUAGAGCUUUAUCGUCAAGUGUAUGAGGAUAUGCUUGCAUUUCCUGUAAUUAAAGGAAUUAAAUCUGAAAAGGAAAAAUUUGCUGGUGGACUUUAUACUACUACUCUUGAAGGUUUUAUUCCAACCACAGGUCGCGGAGUUCAGGCCGCUACCUCUCAUUGUUUAGGUCAAAAUUUUUCGAAAAUGUUUGAUAUUGUUAUUGAGGAUCCUAGUGCCCCAGCAGGUCCUGAUGGUAAAGAUGCCAAGAAAAUGUAUGUCUGGCAAAAUUCUUGGGGUAUUAGCACUCGUGCUAUUGGUGUGAUGGUCAUGGUUCAUGGUGACGAUAAAGGUUUGGUUUUGCCUCCUCGUGUUGCCGCAACUCAAGUUGUUGUCAUUCCCUGUGGUAUAACAUCAAAGACCACGGAAGAUGAGAAAAAAUGUGUUGAAGAUAAAAUAAAUUAUGUAGUUAAAGAGAUGAAGUCAUCUGGGAUCAAAGCCAAAGCAGAUCUAAGAGAGAAUUAUUCACCAGGUUAUAAGUUUAAUCACUGGGAAUUGAAAGGUGUUCCGAUCCGUCUGGAAAUAGGUCCACGCGACUUAUCAAAACAGCAAACACUUAUGGUUCGCCGUGACAAUGGCGUUAAAGAACCUAUUCCUUUAGCAGAUCUCACUUCACGAAUCUCUGAUACUCUUAAAUGUAUUCAAAAAGAUAUGUUCGACCGCGCCAAAAAGGUUUAUGAUGAUCAUGUAAAAUUAGUUUUAAAAUGGGAUGACUUUGUUCCAAACUUGGACAAUAAAAAUUUCGUUCUUGCUCCUUGGUGCGAAGAAGAGAAAUGUGAAGAUAGCAUAAAAGAAAAAAGUACCAGACACAACACUGAACAAGAAGCAGAAGAUGAGAAAGCUCCAUCAAUGGGUGCCAAAACUCUAUGCAUUCCUCUUGAGCAACCCAGUGAUCCUCCAAUCAUUCCUGGUGAAACAAAGUGUGUUUCUUGUGGUGGAUUAGCUAAAAGAUAUACUUUAUUUGGCAGAAGUUACUAA